AUGGAAAGUGCUCUAUCAUUACUUGUUGAUUUAGUUUCAGGUGGUGUGUUGUGUGAGUUUUUAGAAGUGGCAUUUCACCUCAUCUUAUACAUAAGGGAAGUGUAUCCUGCUGUAGUGUUUGAAAGACGGAAAAAAUACAAUGUUCCUGUACAGGUUAGUAUUGGUUUCAUACUACAGUGUACAGUCAUGUAAUUAAAAUUUAAUCAAGGCAUGUGACCUACAGCAGGUAUGUAUGGCCAAUUAUUAUUCAUUGUAAAUGCUGUCAGGGCCUAUGUACUGAUUAUCAUUUUUAUCACCUUUUUUGAUUUAAAAAAAAAAACGUCUUUUAUAAUUCAUUUAUUUCAAAUAGCACCCCCGCAUGUUGAAUCAUUAACAAUCCAGCAUUUCAUUUUGUAUAGAACUGAAAAGAACUGGCACCUAGUCUAAAUGAGUUGAUGACAGGACUUGUUAAAGUUACAUGUGGCAAACCUGCAUGACAUUGCAUACAAAGUACAACAUGUAGCACCAUUUCACUCUCCUCAAAUCAAUAAUUGAUUCUUGAAGUGAAAUGGUAAUAAAAAUUUAUUUGAUUAUCAAUUUGCUUUAAUGUAAAGGGGUGGGUCAUCAAAAAUGACCCAACCCAGGGUUUGGUCAUUUGCCUACCAUGGGGAUGUUUAUUCUCCAAAUAUUGAAGAUGAAUUCCAUUGAGUUUGCAUUUUGUUAAUCUUAGGCAGUAGUUUGAGGCAUUUUGUCCUUGCAAAAGGUGUGAAAUUCUGGGCAUUUUCACGAGCUCUACCAAGACAAUCCAACCUCAUCCCCAGGGCUUCUCAAUUGCCUUCCACUUUCCAAAUUAGUAUUGACUAUAGAGAGAAAAACUGUGAUGUCACAUUACCAUGGUAGCAAAAUUUCUGGAUCGCAACAAUAGGGAGUUUAAGCAACGACGACGAUGACCGCAACCAGAACAGUUAAAAUGCAAUAAGUUUAUAUUAACAAAACAAGAACUUUGCACAUGCAUCAUGCUUUUUUGUGCAUUCCUUAGCUGUUGUUGCAGGACCGCAACAUGAAACUUCUUAAUUUCAUGCACUUUCUUUAUGGAGUAGGUAAACAUGACACAAAAAUAUUCUUUUUCUAAACUUAAAUAGGGUCCUGUAUAAUUAUUUGACAAAUUAAAUGAAAUUGAAGAAUAUCAAUUAGUAUAGGUAAUAGCAUGAUUUGUAGUGAUAUUUGGCAUAAAUACCACGAGUGAUAUUUCGAAAUUGUCAUACGUAAUUUCACGAGCCGUUAGGCGAGUGAAAUUUGAGACAAUUUUGAAAUAUCACUAGUGGUAUUUAUGCCAAAUAUCACGUACAAAUCAUGCUAUUAGUUGUUUAUACUACUACCCGCAAGAGGUUUUGUAAUUUUCACAUGUAGGUAUUUCAAAUUAAGCUGAAAUACCACUGCUCUAAGCCAAUCAAAUUGCAGAAAUUUCUCAUGUAGUAGUAUAAAGUUUGAAACAGUGUGAAUUCACUUUUUAAGUGAAUUUUUGGUUGUUGUCAUUCAGAAAUUUUGCUACCAUGGGAACGUGAGGUAACUACUUCUACUCUCUAUUAGCCAGGUGAUUGGAGCAAAUCACUUGGGAAUAGUGAACGGAAUAAUAAUAUUGUUUUUUGGUUUAUUUUGUUGACCUUUCAGUAUUCCUUUUAUCAUGUAUAUUUUAUGAAUACAUUAUUUGGUUUGGUAUUCAUCCUCACCAAUUUAGAGCCCUUUUAAUUACAAGCUUCAAGCUUUUAUUAAUACAUGUAGUUAAGGUUCUAAAACAUGUGUAAGUCUAUCACCCAAACUGUGUUAUGAAAGACUAUAAAAAGUGUUAUUUGUUCUUUUAAUAGAUGUGUUGUCACCCAGACCUCAACCAGUACAUCUUAGAUGUGCUUCAGAUGGUAAAGCCUUUAUUGGAAAAGGUAUUUAGAGUGCAAUUUUGCAGUACUUCAGUGAUUUUCGUGGCUGAUUUGCUUGAUUCUCUCUUCAAAUAUGUUAUCUGAAUAAUAAAACUAUCUUUGUCACUAGCUAAUGCUUUUAAAAGCACAAGUGUUAAAGACAACAGCUUUUUGCUCAGUUACAAACAACAAACAAACUUGUGAAUGAAGCCACCACACAAUUCUGCCAAGAAAGAUCUGAUCACAAAAAACCGCCCACUCCUGAACCAUUCAGAUUGCACAGUUUGGGAAAUUCUGCCGCUAGCAGACUGAGAAAAAGAAAACGUCCGACUGCAUCACUUGAUAAAGAUUCCACAAUAGAAUCUAAAACUUGUUUAUGCUAAUAAGUUUUAUAUCCUAAUCCUGGGAUUUGAAGCCCUGUUUACUCUAAAUAAAGGAAAAAAAUACCAGUAUAUAUUAUGUUGUAGUUAAUUUUUUAUCUCAGGUAAUUUUUGUUUUUCCUUUGAUUUUGAGUAUGGUAAUGUUUGCUAAUGAAGUUGAAACAAAACAGAAAACUAAAAAUAACGUGACUUAAAAAAUUAGCCAUAACACAUUUUUUGAGGUUGAAAGUCAGGCUUGGUCAGAGCUUGAAAUUGUUAUUGUUCUAGUAUCAUUUUAUGAUUGUUUGUUUCAAUUUUAUUCAACUUUAAGGGUGAAGUUGAGAGGAUUUCCAUGGUGAUCUCUAAUAAUGUGAGUUUCUGUCCACUAUUUUGCUUUAGUGUUUUGGUAAUCGACAAAUUUUCUUUACGUACUUCAUGCGUAAGUAACAUUAAUCAGACAUCAUAAUAUGAUCAUAACACUGGUGAUGUUCAUUGUGACUGGAUUAAUAUUUUUGAAAACGAUUAGUGCAACUCAAUUUUAAUGCAAUAAAUUUACUAAAUUGGUUUAAUAGCUAUCGGCAUUUCAUAUUUUGUCCUCUUUUAGAAAUUUCAGCCAGUUGAGCGGUUUGUUUUUGAGAUUGGGAGUCCUGAAGAAAGUUCUGCAGCACUGAGGUAAGCACUGUUGUUGACAUUUAUGACUUUUUUACAUUUUUGUCAUAGGUCUGACUGUACUGUGUUAAAACAGUUUGGUUGAAAAUAAUGUCCACAGCUAGAAGUUGUACGGAAAAGAAAGUUUGUUGUUGAUGUUGUUGUUGUUGUUGUUGUUGUUGUUGUUGUUGUUGUUAAUUUUUACCCCAGAGAUUUUCCUUUUUGCUUAAUUUAAGAUGUUAUUAAUAAUUGAUAACCAAGAACAGGCUAAAAAGAACCUUCGAGCCCCCUUUUAAAUGAACAGUGAGGGACCCGUCCAAAAUUUUGAAAAUGUUGCGUGCACAUGUACUUAAAGGUCAUUUAAGGUGAAACCUGCUAGAAAGAACCCUGUAUAACAAACACUCAGAAUAUAAAGAAUGUCAUUGUUCAUCCUAGUUAUGGUAAAAUGUAAAAGAAAAGGACCCAUGUUAUAGCAAACAAUUUGUUCCGGCUUCUUACACUCUUUUUAUGUCCGGGUUCUGCUGUAAGCUCAAGUUCCCCAAAGCACCUUAGGAAGUGGGGGUGGUCGAGGGGGGUGGUCGUGGGGGAUAACACUGAGGCAUAAGCCAGUCAUGGAUGAGGCAUGUGAAACAAGAGACAAGUUGUGAAAGAUGUGAUAACCGGCAUGUCACGGGCGUGGGACAAAGAAAAAAUCUUGCUUCCCCCAUAGGAUUCGAUGACCUCCUGAAUAAGGGAGGGAGGGGUAAUCUAUCCAUACUAGCCAGGUUCAUAUUGGUCCAAAGCUUUACCCCGCGGGCGGUCUUCCUUUUUUCCUCAACGCCACGCGCGGCUAGCGAAAAAGUAAAAUUAUGCACGUUAAUGGUAAAAGGAGUCGGCUCUCGUUCCUCUCGGCUUUGCCGCUAGCCCCUCAGGCGCACUGUCGAACUACUAUGUCUCAAAAGAAAAAUAAGCAGUCUACCCACGCCCGUGACAUGUUGAUUACAGCUUAUAGAAUUCACCAAGUGACAAGUUAUUAUCGUUAUAACGAUUUCUUUGAACUUGCCGUCAUUGAAAACUGCUCAUACAGCUAGUUUCACAUAAGGGGAUAAAAAAACUAGCAUGAAUAAUGCUCUUUAUUAGAUAAAGCAGUUGUCUCUUAGGCCCGACUGGAAGUUUAGAGCAAGCGCGAAGCUCCUGCCAAAUGACAAAGAAAAGUUGUUAAUUAUAUUAAAACUGUUCGCACAUCCCUCCAAGACGGUUUCCCUGUGUGCGCCUUACAGACUUAUCAGUAACUGCUUCUCUUGUAGCGAUGAUAACUUCCUGUUACACACAGAGAAAAGCCUUAGAGGUUUCUUGCUGAAGAUUAAUACAUGUGAUGCCUUGCUUGAGCCAAUACCACCAGGUACAUCUGUAAUGGCAUUUAUUUUAAUGAACAACUAUCCUGAAAAUAUAACUUGCUGUUUUGGCUGCCAUCGCCGUAAGCGAUCACAUGAUCACUUAAGCGUGAGCGAUCACUGGUCAUCACUUGAUAAACAACGUAUUUUUAUUGCAAUUAUCACCUGCAUUCACCGGUUAUCUUUUAUUAUAAAAUAACUAAGAUAGUACGCGCGUUCUGAUUGGUUAAAAGCCUAUGGUUUAUUGUGCCGGUAAACUCAUAGAAAAAUUAAAGUUAUUUUAUAAAAGCAAUAGACCACACUUUCUAUGAGUUUACCGGCGUGAUAACCCACUUAGGAUGUUAGGGGAACACUCAAAAAGCUUGUACAUCACGAGCCAAAGACGAGUGAUUUACAAGCUUUUCUCGUGUUCACCCAACGUCCCGCGUGGGUUAUCACAGUGGUAAACCCGUAGAAAGUGUGGUCUAUUGCUUAAAUAAAAGACACGCUCAAAAGGAAAUGAUAUUGUGCCAGGAUAACGCGGCCCACAUGCGGGUUGCCGUAUAGGCUAGAAAUACGAAACAUAACAGUGACGUUAUCAAUGUACUUUGUGGCGACGAAAGCACUGAUUUUAUCGCUCUCAAACAACUGUAGUACCUAUUCUCUAGCAUCUGAAUUUGCUUUAUGCUUUACCCGACCGUAUUCGGCAUUCAAAUCUCUGAACAGGGUGAUAAUUUUCACAUAAAGGCGUUAUUUAUUAACUUUCAGUAGAGUUAAAGGAAAUUAAAUCUGUUUAUAGCGGUCUAUUUAUGUAACGGUCACCUUGCCGUUACUCGAAGGAGACCGUUGUAUGUAGGUUUGACUUUAUUUUCAUUGUAUAGAAAUCGGUCCAGACAUCGCCUCAAACGCACAGCAAACAACUUUGGUUCCAAAAUUAUUACUCGCUGAGAAAUUUCUCUUUUCUGUUUUGUUUUAUCUUUUUAAUCUGGUUCUUUUUAGAAGUAGCAAGUGAACUGAAAAGAACUAACGCAAAAUGGAUUUCGUUGGGUAAAAAUUUUAAAUUCUUUUCGUAGGAUGUACGUUUUCCAUCCUGGUCUAUACUAAAGAAUCAUCUUUUUUGAAGCUGCAAGAGAAUCGUAAAGCCCAGGUGUGUUGCAAGUGCAAAUAGUAUAAAAAACCAGGGACUAUUUAUAAGACUACCAAAGGUACGGACGGUAAAACGGGCAGAAAAAGGCGUGCAACGUUUCUUGCAACAUUGCCGCAAAACGACUGGCGAUGUUGCGCGCUUUACUACCCACAUUAAACCUGUCUUGCAACAAAUCAGGUUGUUAACAGGUUUGAACGAGGGUGGUAAAACACGCAACGUCGCUGUUCAACUCGUUUUUGCAGUAAUGUUACAAAACAAGCCGCACGUUUUACCGAAGCUUAAGUAAUCAUUGACUUAUUGAUCAGAUUAAUCCUAUUGAUUCUUGGAAUUUCACUUUGAAUCUCUAAAUCCUUUACAUUUGUCUUAAAAAAUCUGCACUGCUCGAAGUCAGCAGAAUUGGAGCUAGUGGAGGUGAGCAGUGGUUGUAAGCUAGUUACAUUUCCUCAUUAAUACUACAUUUCGCGGCAGACAUCUCUCGAGUAUGAAGCUGAUAUAGAGUAAGAAAACAAACCAGCCUGAUUGAAUCACAUAAUUAAGAUAAAGAUGCUAUAUCGGUUUACUUUUUUGUUCAGUGAAUUCAGUGUUAGUUUUAUUAUUUGCGUAGAAUCACUCCUCCUCAAGCCCCACUCUUUUCUGUUCGACUGAAUUGGUGCCUCGAUCUCAUCUGCGUAGCAUGUGUUUGUCAGUGUGUUUUUCGUUCGUGUUUCGUAAAGUAAGAGGUCAAAGGAGAAAAAGGAGAAAACGAUGGGGGGGGGGGGGGGGGGGGGGGGCAAAAGAAAAGACGGAGGGGGGCCGAGUUGAGUGUUUUCGGGGGUUUUUUUCCUCUUUUUUUACAACCCCAAACCCCCACAAACUUUUUUGGGCCGAGAAUAUGAGUAAGUGUGAAGGGGGAGUGUGCGCGUCCUGGUAUAUUUCAAACAAAACUAUUUGUAAAAAAAAAAAAGGAAACAAAAAAAUUUAUAUUUUUUUUUUUUUUUUUCUUGCACACCCCCCCCCCCCCCCUCCCCCCUUUUUUUUUCGUUUGCGGUGCUUGUGCCCUUCUCUUUUGUUUGGUUUGUUUUUUUUUGGUUGUUUUUUUUGUGUGUUUUGAGGAAAAAAGAAGGAAAAAAAAGAAAAAAAAGAAAGAGGGGGGGGGGGGGGGGGGGGGGGGGCCGAGAGAAAGGACGCAGAGAGCACAUCUGAUUAGUUUUCGCGCGACUUUGUCUCUUACUUUACGAACCACAAGCCACGUACACAUUGUUGGGACUAAGAGAUCAGUCAGUCUGUAAGGGGAAGUUUGACGUCACUGUGUAAUUUCAAGCAAACUACUUUUUGAAAAAAAAAAGGGUACAAAAUAACCAGCAAACAAAAAGAAAAUCGUACGGUGCAUGUAGUCUACUCUUUUUUGUUUUUUUGUCUAGCAUAUCACUUGUGACCCUUUAUUGGACUUAAUCACGUUUAUUUAUUAGGAGUUUCCUUGGGUCCAAGCAGAUGAGGAAAACAUUCUGAUGAAAGAAUCCACCUUGGUACCUCUGAAAUCAUCAACUACUGGUAUCCUUAAGGUAGGCCCCCUUUCCUUAAUUCAAUGCAGUGCAGAUUUGUUUUAAGAGAACUGUUAGACAGAUUUGAUAAAAAUACAUGUACAUUGCUUCAAGGCCUAACUUGAUCACUUUCCCAGGUUUCUGUUUUUAAAUAGUGUGCCAACACAGUUUGGGAACGAUUCUAUCACGACAUGUUCCUCCAUCUUUGCACGUUUGUAAGAAAUAGUUGGAUCAAAACUAUGUUACGUGUUUUUUCUUUUUUUCUUUUUGUUUAUUUCUUUAUUUCUUUGUUUUGUGAGUGUCUGUUGAGGGAGGGGGUCAAGUACAAGAGAUCUUGGUCGAGUUUGAUUGGAGAGUACAGAUAAAUAAUGACUAAACAAAAUACGAAAUAUAAAAUAGUUAAUCUGAAUCAAUUCAUUUACGUGCGCAAGUUGGAACGAGGGCGAAUUUUUGCGCAAUAAUUCGAUCAGAAACGCUUACUACGCAGGCUAUAAAUAAAUCUAAGUGAAUCCAAUUGAAUUGAACUGAACUGUUCUUCUGAACUGUUCUUGUGUUCUUCGAAAACGUUCUUCCUAAGUUUUAAGUAGGAUGAAGCUGUAUUAAGAGGACAUCAUCAUAAGUGGACAUCAUCAUCAUCUUCAUUAUCAUCGUCAUCGUCAUCAUCAUCAUCAUCAUCGUCAUCAUCGUCAUCAUCAUAAUCAUCUUCAUCAUCAUAAUCAUCUUCAUCAUCAUCAUUAUCAUCGUGAUCGCCGUCGUCAUCAUUAUCAUCAUCAUCAUUUAUAGACUGCCUUGACAGCCCCUUUAAGCUUGCUAAGAUUGAUCUUGAUGAACUUGUAUUUAGAUGCAGCUGUUUGUCGAAGAAUGUGCCGACAAGGUAGAAAAGAGCACCGAGAAAACCUCUCAAGAACAAUAGUGACACUACUUUUGGAAAGGUAAGAACCAAAGUUUUCUUAUGAAAUGAAGGAAUGGUAACCUGCCAGCAAGCUCUGCAUACCGAUGGUAGGUGAGGCAAGAGCUCGCUGACAGGCUAAACGAAUACGGUGUCAGAAAUUCGUUUUCGUUCUAAAUAAUGCAAUCAAAAAUACACCAUUUCGCAAUCACGGACCACGGAAAGAGCAACCACCUCCCUCGACCUCUAGCCACGUGUCGCAUUAACACUACUGUGGAUUCCUCUGGUGGACGGAUGCCCAUUGUUAGAGGUCGUGCAAUUCUGUGUGCUUUUCAGACGGAGAUUCUCGACCCCUUUUACUUGAUUUUAUUUUCACGUUCAUCAAUGUGACACUACAGCUGUUUCCUUAGUUUGAUUUCAACGCUAAAAGAAGACACUUCGAAAACCACCUUACCAAUACAUGCAAAAAUAACGAUAAAAAUGUUAAUAUGCGACAGCAGCUUGCUAUAGAAAAUAGGAAAAAUAAAAUUUUGAACUUAGUUGCUUAAAGAACCUACCAUUCAAGUGAAAGAUUGAAUAAUACAUAAUUCAGCCAUCGGAUUUACAAAAACGUUUGUGCUAUUAUUAUGCUAGAUAGAAAGAAAAUAUCGUGGCAGUUGCUGUAGUUGCUUUGUACUAUGGAUUUUGUUUCACACUGAAGGCAGAAACAGAGCCGACACUGAGACGAUCAGCCAGUGAUACGGACCCAACAAGGCUGCAGCUGUGGAAGUAGGUCCUGACGUCUUGCCGUUCGUGCUACUGGUUGGAGCCAUUGAAUUGGUUGCCAUGACACUUGCGUAGCUGCUGACAGGUUCUGGUGUUACUGGAGCCAGUACUGGGUACAGGCCCUGAUUGCAUAGGUUGGUAGAACAGCACUCUCCAAUGCAUCGUUUGAAACGAGCUCCUUGUGGCAUUGUCUCAUUCUCACUGUUGCAAACAACAGAACUGUUACAUCCUGCCAUUGAAUAACCACGACAGCCCCGUAUUCCUAUGAUGGUGCCAUUUGGGAGUUCCGCCAUGAGAGCCAUACAGUAGUCUCUGUAGAUCAAAAAAUUUAUGUUUAGGUGACAGUGAGAUCAACUUUGAUCUUGGAAAGUAUUUUUAAUAAUCAUAUAGGGUUUUUUAUUAUUUGUUUAGAAGUAUCAGAUAAAUGAACAAUAACCCCAAUCGACUUUUUGGCGAAAAAAUACAAUCAAACCCAACACAAACAACCAAAAAAACAAAUUGUUGUGCUAGACUUUUGGGUAAUUAAAUUUGUAUUCAAUAGUUAUAGAUUGAUCAUUUACGACCUCUUACGUCCUUCAUAGGUUGGCCCCAGGUGGCUCAAACUCGAAUAAUGACCAUAAAUAAAAAUCGGCUAACC